AUGGACGCAGUGCUUCUGGAGCACUUCCCGGGGGGGCUGGACGCCUUCCCCUCGCCCUAUUUCGAUGAGGAGGACUUCUUUACGGACCAAUCCUCCCGGGACCCCCUGGAGGACGGCGACGAGCUGCUGCCCGACGAGCAGGCGGAGGUGGACUUUCUCAGCCACCAGCUACACGAGUACUACUACCGGGAUGGAGCGCGGCUGCUUCUGCCUCCUGCCCAGUCAGCCCAGCACCCUCCGGUGGUGCCGCCGCGGGUCCCCGAGGAGGCGGACGACGGAGGCGGUUUCUGCUGCGAGGCCGGGGCGCCCCCAGGCGGCGGCGGCUUCCCAGACUCCCCCGGCCCCGCGUCUCCCGCGCCCUGCCUCGCCUAUCCGUGCCCCGGGAGCACCUCGAUGCUUUCCCCUGGGGGGCGGCUGCGGGGACUGAGCAGCGCAGCCGCUGCGGCCGCAGCAGCGGCGGCGGCGGCGGCGCGGCGGCGGCGGCGGGUGCGCUCCGAGGCAGAGCUGCAGCAGUUGCGGCAGGCGGCCAACGUGCGGGAGAGGCGGCGGAUGCAGUCCAUCAAUGACGCCUUCGAGGGGCUGCGCUCGCACAUCCCUACGCUGCCCUACGAGAAGCGGCUCUCCAAGGUGGACACGCUGCGCCUUGCCAUCGGCUACAUCAACUUCCUGAGCGAGCUCGUACAGUCCGACCUGCCCCUGCGGGGAGGAGGAAGCGGAGGCUACGUCAGAGCUGGGGCCGGCGGUGGCCUGGGAGGGGACGGUCUCGGGAGCCAGGCCAAGAAGGUCAUCAUCUGCCACAGGGGCACCCGAUCCCCAUCCCCCAGCGACCCAGAUUACGGACUUCCGCCCCUGGCAGGGCAUUCUCUCUCCUGGACAGAUGAAAAGCAACUCAAAGAGCAAAACAUUAUUCGAACAGCGAAAGUGUGGACUCCAGAAGACCCUAGGAAACUAAACAACAAAUCCUCCCUCAACAACAUAGAGAAUGAACCUCCCUUUGAUUUUGUGUCCUAA